CUGGGCGUUUUAUUCAACAUUGUUUGUUCUCAUUAAUUGCACGGAUAGGUUUCGAUCGAUGAAAGCACUGUUUUAUUGCCAUUAUUGCUUGUAAUGUCAAGGUGUGGUUUUUUUGUGGAGCCGGCCGUCAGGCACGGAGCUGCCCGAGUAUAGAGUGAGGCCCCAGACAUGCCAACCGGGCAGAAGCCGCGGAGCGGCAGCAGUGGCGGGGAGGUUACCGUGCUCGGUGUGGGCCGUGGAGCUGGACGGGCCGGCACACACCUCAGCCAGGGUUGCGUCAUGGAGAACGACAUCCUCGAUUCACUGGAGGACCUGGGAUACAAGGGUCCACUACUAGAUGAUGGAGCUCUCAAUUUGGCAGCCGUUGGUGGGGCAGCUUCUCCAGAAUACACUAAGCUAUGUACCUGGCUUGUAGCAGAACUGAAAGUUUUCUACAAGCUGGUAGAAAAUGUCAAUGCAACAGCUAGCCCCACAGAAGCUGAAGAGUUUCAACUAGAGAUGAGCGGUUUGUUGGCUGAGAUGAAUUGUCCCUAUUCUGUUCUAACCACUGGAGAUGUCACAAAACGCCUCCUCAACAAAAAUAAUUGCCUUUUGCUGCUCACUUACCUGAUUUCUGAGCUUGAAUCUUCACGAAUGCUUGGUGUGCACAACCCGCCAAAGAAGCAGCCAGAUAAAACCAGCCAGUCGUUCAUGGAGCUGAAAUCCAUAUGUAUUACUCUGGGUAUGUCCAAGCCCCCAGAUAACAUCACCAUGUUCCAGUUCUUCAGUGGGAUUGAGAAAAAGCUUAAAGAAUCUCUGUCAAAAGUGCCCCGAAAUCAUGUCGGAAAAUCUCUGAUAAAGAAAGCACUUGGACCACUUCACUGGGAGAAAUUAGAAGCUAUCAAUCAGGUCCUGGUUAACGAGUAUGAAAUUCGACGAAAGAUGUUGCUGAAGCGAAUGGAUGUAACCAUACAGUCAUUUGGCUGGUCUGAUCGAGCUAAGGUAUUGGAUUUUGUAAAGAAUCCUGUUUUUCCCUCAUCCCAAAGCAAGUUGUGGGAAGAAAAAACAGCUUUUCUGAAAUUUGUCCUUGGACACUAUAAGACUGCAUGUGCUGUUAAUAAGGUACUUAUGGGACGAGUGCCAGACAGGGGCGGCAGGCCAAAUGAAAUUGAGCCCCCUCCACCAGAAAUGCCACCGUGGCAGAAGAGACCAGACAAUGUCCAGUCCAGCAGUGGACGUGGAAGAGGUGGAUAUGACCAAGGGUCUUAUGGAGGAGGUGGAAGAGGUGGAUACGAACAAAGCUCCUAUGGAGGAGGUGGAAGAGGUGGAUAUGACCAUGGCUCUUAUGGAGGAGGUGGAAGAGGUGGAUAUGAACACAGUUCUUAUGGAGGAGGUGGAAGAGGUGGAUAUGACCAAGGCUCUUAUGGAGGAGGUGGAAGAGGCGGAUAUGACCAAGGCGGGCGAGGUGGGGGCCGUGGUGGAUAUGAUAGGACAGAACAAGGAGGACGUGGCGGAGGCAGAGGAAAAAUUCAAGGCGGAUGGUCAGACGGAAGUGGCGGCCAUCAAGAUUCUAGCUAUCAAGGGGGGCAUGGCAGUUACCAUAGUGGUGGUUACCACAGUGGUGGCUACCAAGGCAAUGCUGGUUACCAAGGAGGUGGCUACCAUGGGGGUGGUGGAAGCUAUCAAGGAGGUGGUUAUCAAGGGGGUGGCUACCAAGGACAUCAAGACAACCGGAAUCAAGAUAGCAGCCACGAGCAGGGUGGUGGUCGAGGUGCAGGACGUGGAGGUCGUGGUCGUGGGGGUCGUGGAGGGCGCGGGGGACAGGGUGGUGGCUGGGUCAACAGAGGUGGUCUAAACUAUAACCAGGGAGGGCAGUUUGAGCAAUAUUUCCAGCAUGGUGGCCAACAAUACAAUGCUUCUGGUUUCUAUCAAGGUAGGCAGUAUUCUAGCUAAUAUUUGAUAGCUUUGACUAUUGGCUUCGUCCUGCAAGAGUCACAAACUCAGCCAUAAAUAGUUACCAACUGUCGAAUGCCACUAAAAUCCAGUACCUUGUAUUGAAUCAGCAGUGCUGCAGAUUUGUUUGUUAAACAAAGGGAAGCAAAACCACCCACCCUGCUUUCAGCAGGAGUGAAGGCUUGUGAUUCUAAGUCUUUCUGUUUUGACCUCCCAUCCCCACUCUUCAUCAAAUGGGUUUUAGGCUUAAAACUGUACUUAAAGCGCAGCAAAAAAAAACUGCUUCUCUGCAUGUGAGACUGUCACUGGCAAGAUUAAAACUCUUUAUUUUGUUGAACGUGCACUACAGACCGAGCAUAUAAGCCCCAACUGAGCCUGGAAGCUUCCUUUUCUAAUAGACUGGUGCUUUCAGCAAAACCUUUGCAGAGCUUACAUUUCUCUAAUAUCUUCGAUUAAGCCACGUGGUAACUUCCUGCUGGCUGUUAAUUGUACAUAACUGUAAACUUCACAAGCAGAGUGAAUGACAGUCUGAAAGAUGAGCAAUUAAGUAUCCGUGUGCUGUUUUGCUGUUUGAAAUUGUUGGAUUUUAGUUAAACACAGUUCAUGGAUGAGGGAAGGUAUCAAAAGAGGAUUUCAGUACCAACCUUUUAUUUAAAUGUGUGUAAGAAAGUGUGUGUAUGCAUAUUUGCAUUUUUACCCAAACAUUGAAUUGAGAAAUUUGUGGUUUGGGUGACACCCAUGGUUUUUUGUGUGUUUCUAACUUAUAAUGGUUGAGAAGUUUACUGUAUGUCAUCCCUUUUGCAAAUGUGUGUAGUUUGAAAGCUGCAAAGGAUAUUCAGCACAGAAAGGGCUAAUGUGUAGGUUUAACUAAUUCAGCCUUAAAUUAUGCACAAUGCCUAUAAUUCUACAGACAAUUGCAAAUAUUGGCCAAGAAUGGCUGACUGUAUUUGUGAAAUACAAAUUGUUUUUGUUCCCAUUGAAUAUUGGCAAGGGCCUGAUCGUACAUGGCACACUUCAUUAUUUGGAAGUUGAGGCAGUUGCUGAAUAUAACCCAUGGUCAAAGAGCUGGAAAUAAAAGAAAAUGUGAAACAAGUUAUCCUAUA